AUCUGUAUAUCACCACACUUACACAUGCACGUGGUCCCCAUAUCAGUUUAAAGUUCCCUAUAUUGACAUUGAUUACUUUGGUCUAUUUACUUACUCAGCCGACCCACAAACGUUGACCGAUGGCGCUCGUAGGUUGUUGUGGUACAGGGCCGGGGUAUGCCACGCCCCUGGACGCCAUGAGGCAUGGUCCCAGGGAGAAGAUCGUGUACCUUCCCUGCAUAACACCCGUAAGCAGAAAGAAGGAACAUUCGGACUAUCUAGCGACGGUAGACGUGGAUCCCACUUCACCAACCUAUAGUAAAGUUAUACAUCGUCUUUACAUGCCAAACAAAGAAGACGAAUUGCACCACUCUGGUUGGAAUGCCUGUUCCAGCUGUUUUGGAGACAGCACCAAAAGUAGAAACCGUUUGAUCCUCCCCAGUAUUAACAGUGAUAGAGUGUAUGUGGUGGAUGUGGGAACCAACGAGCGAGAACCUCGUCUGUUCACGAGUGUAGAGCCAUGGCAGCUACACAAAAAGGCAAAUUUGGGAGCCCCACAUACCACCCAUUGUCUGGGGUCGGGCGAAGUUCUCAUCAGCUGUCUUGGAGAUGAAAACGAAAACGCAAAAGGAGGUUUUAUUCUGCUGGAUGGGCAGUCGUUCAUUGUGAAGGGUAACUGGGAGAAACAGCCGUUAGAAUUUGGGUACGACUACUGGUACCAGCCUUACCAUAAUGUACUGAUAAGUACAGAAUGGGGAGCUCCAAAAGCUUUCAGGAAUGGAUUCAACCCUCAACACGUUACGGACGGUCUCUAUGGUCACCACUUGAAUGUCAUGGACUGGACAACACACGAACUAAUCAAAAGAAUUGACCUUGGGCCUGAUGGUCAGUUACCUUUAGAGAUUCGUUUCCUCCAUGACCCUACCGCUACUGAAGGAUACGUGGGAUGCGCGCUCAGCUCAACCAUUUUCAGAUUCUUCCGUGCUCCAAAUGGUCAAUGGGAGGCCGAAAAGGUCAUAAGUAUUCCUCCAAAGAAAGUAAAGGGCUGGGCAAUGGAAAUGAUGCCAGGUUUGAUUACGGACAUCCUGAUAUCUCUUGACGACCGAUAUCUGUACUUCAGUAACUGGCUCCAUGGAGAUAUCCGUCAGUACGAUAUCUCGGACAGAAGGAAUCCCAAACUUGUGGGACAGGUCUUUUUGGGUGGAAGCAUUUGCAAAGGUGGUAAAGUCAAGGUGCUAGAUGACCCAGAACUGAAGAGUCAGCCAGACCCUGUGUAUGUGAAAGGACAGCGCCUGCGAGGUGCACCCCAGAUGAUUCAGCUUAGUUUGGACGGGAAGAGAUUAUACGUGACAACUUCUCUCUUCUCUAAGUGGGAUGACCAGUUCUACCCUGAGCUUACCAAGGAGGGAUGCCAGUUGUACAUAUUGGAUGUUAACAAUGUCACCGGAGGUUUGUCGUUGAACCCGAAUUUCUUAGUGGACUUCGGCAAAGAGCCCCAGGGUCCCAUGCUGGCUCACGAGGUCAGGUAUCCAGGCGGGGACUGUAGCUCUGAUAUUUGGCUGGCCCAUACUGCCAUAAAGAACAAGAUGUAAACAUACGUGAUUUAGAUCGUACAGAAACUUUGUAGAGCACUUGGAAGCUUUGUGCUUUCUUGGACUUUUUAACCCUGCAAUAUUUUAACAGUAUAAAAUUUGAUUUGCUUCUGCAUUUUGAUUACUUUAUUCAUCUUUGGAAAUAAUGUUCAUUUCAUACUUUUAACUACAUUUGUUAUAUAAAUGUAUUGUAAUUUUAAAUAUAUUUUUAAUAUAUUGUUGUCUGUUAUGAAUGGCAUUGAUCAUGAAUACAUUACAUGCAAACCAGAAUAAAUCUUUGAAGCAUUU